UUGGGAAGUGCGGCCCCAGCCCCAAUGCAGUCGCUUGUUCUGGGCAGUGUGGAGCUGGAGAGUGGGCCACCGUGCCAGGAACUGCCCCGGGGUUUCCUGCACAGUCUCCGCACUCUGUUCGAUAUCCUGGACGAUGGGCGAAGGGGCUCGGUUCACAUCUUGGAGAUCGAGUCCCGCUGGAGCCAGGGCGCCCCUGGCCGGGCACUGCCCCCGGGGGUGCUGCAGUGUCUGCGCAGGGUGGCACCAGCCUCUGGCUACCUGACCUUCGACAGGUUCGUGCAGGGGCUUCAGUCCUCCUUGGUCAGCCCCGGGAACAGCCGGUACCCAGGGCCGAAAGGACAGCAACAAGACAGCUGCAAUGCCGUUUGGAAGAGAAGUAAGAAUGGUCCCAGGAGGAGCAGUGAGAACCCGGCUAGCUCAAGAACGCUCAGGGUCUCAGGUCAGACCUGCCCAGCGACUGAACGUCACCACCCGAUGUCGGACAAAUACCGAGCUCAUGGGGUUCGACCAAAAUCACCGCUGAGGGUGAGAUCGGCAAACGUUCCCAAUAACCGGACAGAGCCAGAUCAUGUUUCACUGGAGCCUGGCCAGUGCAAAACCACUCCAGCUGACAGGGAGCCAUCUGGGCAGCAGAGAAGAACCAACAGGGGACCGCAGAGUAAUGCCAUCGAGUGCCUUGGAUUGGAUGGGCAGAGGCACCUGGAAGCAGAGGGGAGGCACAUGCCUCGCAGCCAAAGUGAGGCCUCCUGUGGUCAAAUAGCACCUGGCCUCCAACACAGACGGGAGCGUGGUGAACUUCGACGUCACACCAUAACCAAUGGGAUUGACUAUGACAGGCUGAAGUGGAUGAAGGAGCUGGAACAGGAGAAGGAUGCUCUGCUGCAGGGUCUCGAGGUGAUCGAUUGUGCCCGAGGCUGGUACAUCCAGCAGAUCCGGGCAAUCCAGGAACGACAGAAAGAUGUCAGCAAGUCGCCCAGUGGCAGUGCCCACGCAGCUGAAGGUCACUCAGUCCGGAUGGACCACCUCCUCACCAAACUGCAGGCAGUCAGGCACUGUCUUGCUGAUCUCACCUCCUGCUCUGCCAAGAUGCUGUCCCAGUCUUCCAACGCGGUGAACGGGUGUGAGUUCCCAGUUCCGUGUCACGUUCCCAUCCCUGGGAACAAUCUCCAGAUGGUCACGAUGCUGAAGGAGCAAAACCGGCUGCUGACCCAGGAGGUGAGUGCAAAGAGUGAUCGGAUUACCCAGUUGGAGCAGGAGAAGGUGGCCCUGAUCAAACAGCUCUUCACUGCUCGCUCCCAAAGCCAUCACGAGAACAGUCAGCUCGACUCCACUUUCAUCUGACCGACAGCCAGCAAUGUCAAACUGAGACCCGUCUCUGCCAUCCUGCUAGAGCAGAGAUCCCCUGGUCACCCACCAGCUGCCUUCCCUGACCACUCCAGCAGCACCCAAAACCCCUCACUCCAGGUGUGUGUGUGUCUGUGGGUGUGUAUGUGUGUACGUGUGUAUAAGACCAUAAGACAUAGGAGUGGAAGUAAGGCCAUUCGGCCCAUCGAGACCACUCCGCCGUUCAAUCGUGUGUUGUGUGUGUCUUUGUGUCUGUG